GGAGCCGGUACAGCCUCUGAUGCUGAUGCUGUGAUUGAGGUUGCCUCUGCUGAUGCUGAUGCUGCUGCUGCUGCUGCUCUCACUGGACCGAAACUGCUAAAGGAUUUUCUACUGUUGGUGGGGGGGGAAUGCCCAGCUUCUCCUGCUUUUGGCUUUAAGGAACCUACAGGGGUGGACACCAGGCUUGGAUCCUUAAAAAAUCUUUCACUGAAAAAAAAGGGGGAGAGAAAAAAAAAAAAGAUUCAACUGAUGCAACAAGAGGACUGGACCCUGAUCACAGCAUUGCAUCCUCUAUAAGGUGAUGUCCCUUUUAGAAUACUCACCACAAGCAGUUUUUUGCAAAGACUAAGCACUGGGAGAGUCAUGGUGUCGCUGAUUUGGAUUUAAUCUUCUGCUAAGAAGACAUGCGUACCCUGCCACAGGGUUUUCCCGGCGCUGCGUGAUCUCACCAUGAGCCAGAGGAGAAAGUAGUGCGGUACUGGAGCCCCCUGUUCGCUGACACACUCACCUCCCAGGAAGAAUGGUGCAUUAUGGGAAAUCUCUCGACAGACAGGAGUGAGAGAUGUGACUUGGGCAAUCUCAUCUGAAGGGGCCGAGUUGUUCUUUUGGAGGAGACUUCUAGAUGAGACUCGCUGGGACACUGAAUCUGUGUGAAGAGGCCUAAGGAUUUAAUAGGAUGUCAACGGAGACGGAACUUCAAGUGGCUGUGAAAACCAGCGCCAAGAAAGAAUCCAAAAAGAAAGGUCAAGAACGCAGCGAAGCCACAUUGAUAAAGAGGUUUAAAGGGGACGGCGUCAGGUACAAAGCCAAACUAAUUGGAAUCGACGAGGUUUCUGCCGCAAGAGGGGACAAGUUAUGUCAAGACUCGAUGAUGAAACUCAAGGGUAUUGCCGCAGGAGCGCGUUCAAAAGGCGAACACAAACAGAAAGUCUUUCUAACGGUUUCCUUUGGAGGGAUAAAAAUCUUUGAUGAGAAGACUGGUAUCCUUCAUCAUCACCAUGCAGUACACGAAAUCUCAUACAUCGCCAAGGACAUUACAGACCAUCGGGCGUUUGGAUAUGUAUGCGGGAAGGAGGGAAACCACAGAUUUGUGGCAAUAAAAACUGCUCAGGCGGCCGAGCCAGUCAUUUUGGAUUUGCGAGAUUUGUUCCAGCUUAUCUACGAGCUGAAGCAGAGGGAGGAAAUGGAAAAGAAGGCACAAAAGGAUAAACAGUGCGAGCAGGCCGUAUAUCAGACUAUUUUGGAAGAAGAUGUAGAAGAUCCCGUAUAUCAGUACAUAGUGUUCGAAGCUGGCCACGAGUCCAUACGAGACCCAGACACAGAGGAAAGCAUAUACCAGGUCCCUACCAGCCAUAAGAAAGAAGGUGUCUAUGAUGUACCAAAAAGUCAGCCGAUAAGUAACGGAGACUUAAUAUCUUUUGAUGAGAACCCUUGUGAUGUCAUCGAGGCUGUUACUCAAUUAGCACUUUUUGGGGACAUGUCCACUCCGCCUGACGUAACUUCACCUUCUACGCCGGCAACUCCAGGUGAUGCCUUUAUGAAAUACCCCACCCAGCUUCACCCCGCCAUUGCCCCCAUGUUCGGAACCCUCUCUUACAACCCAGUCGCUCUACCAUCAGGUUAUGUUGCAAUGGGAGCCGUCCAGCCAUCGUUCUGGGGACAACAGCCGUUGAUAUCGCCGCAGAUGGUCUUGGGCGGCCAGCCUCCCAUUCCUCAGGUUAUGCAGGGAAACCAGACGAUAGCAUGGGCCCAGACGGGCCUUUACCCCCCCACCCAGCAACAGCCGUGGCCCACCCUGCCCGGUCAGUACCCACCCGCUGCCUUCAUGCCAACACAGACUGUAUUGCCUUUCCAAGCAGCCAUGUUCCAAGGUAGUACCGCCCCGGUCGCUGCCGUGCCGCCCUCCAGCGACUCCAUGCGAUCAAGCCCCCUGCGGCCAGAUCAGAAUUUCCAGAUGGUGAACCCUCCUCCAGUGCCAUCGAGACAGCCGGACCAGCCUGCCCUCCAGUGUACCUCAGAUGCCUUCUCAAGCUACUUCGACAAAGUUGGUCUAGUGCAAGACACGGACGACUGCGACGACUUUGACAUCUCGCAGUUGAACCUGACACCCAUGACUUCCACCUCGCCCUCCACUAAUUCACCGCCCACGCCAGCUCCGAGGCAGAGCUCGCCAUCAAAGUCUUCAGUGUCUCACACCAGCGAUCCCAACCCAGACGACAUCUUUGAAGAAAGCUUUGAAAGUCCCAGCAAAAGUGUCGAACAAGAUGCACCUGAUGCUCCUCAGGCGUCUUCCUGCACUGACCAGGGCGAGUCCAGUGGCGAUACAAUAAGCCCCGAGGUCGGUAGCUAAAUAGCACAGACUGGGAUCUCAUCAGAAGACCCUAUCUAUGCUCAGAUACGAAGACCUAAGUAACAGAGCUAACGAGCUUGCAGUGCUCCAAGACUAGAUUGAACAACCAGCUGGCUAGCGGCACUCAAUGGAGGCAUUAUAUCAAAAGACACCUCAAUGGGUUUUAGCGGCGCACCGAAUGAGAUUGAUCCACCGGCGAUGGCAGCACAAAGGAAGACAAAACAAAAACACAAGCUCUCUAACAUAAUUAACCAGAAAGCUUUGCAAUGGAAAUUUAUUUUACAUUUGACUAUUUUUCAUCUUGCUUCUUUUUUUUUUUUUUGAAGGACGCUGUGGUUUAAUAUUUUCUUUAAAAAAAAAAAACUUUUCUCAUUUUAUCUUUUUAUAAUUCGAAAGUUUAUGUAGCAGAUACAUCACCCGGUGGAAUUUGGGACUUACGUUUACAGUUCGUUUUUUCGUUGUUUUUUUUUUUAAUAGUGACGUUUGAGAUCACCAAGAAGACAUCACCUGAAAAGCUGUUUUAUUUGCUUCACAACUCCUGGCAGUUGCAUUUUUUUUGGAGGGGUGAGGGUGGGACCACAUUUUCUGAAACCUGGGUAAUAUAGAGUAUCAAUUGAUAUCAUUUUUUUUUUAUAUUAUUGCCUCUGACAUUGAGCAAAACAACUGGAAAGGAACCGUGAACAUUUAAGGUCUAUUUGGUGGUAGACCAUGCCACUUUACUGGAUAGCGGACGAUACAUUAUAACAGAUUGUUAUUUACAAAGAAAACUUUCUAAAUAAAAAAGAAAAUAAAAAAAUGGGAGGUAUUUUUCCUCCUCACAUAUCUUGCUGCUGUAUGGCUAUGCAGUCAAGUAUUACCUACUACGUGUGCCAUUUUUGAAAAGACUUGUAAUUUUGCCCAUCUCUCUGGAAUAUUUCCAAAUUGAAAUUUGGAUAAAAUGAAGACUUUUGUUCUGGGACUAUUGAGGCAUGAAUUUUGUUAUAUAAAAAAAUCUGUGAUUAAAUGACUUUUCUCUUG